UCGCAACCACUCUCCCACGGAUUCUGUGAAUCUCACCUGCUGCCUGGAAUUACUCAUUGGUACUCGAGUACCCAUCCGGCCGCCUACGCUACUUGCGACCGCACCAUCCUUUGUCUGACCCGCGGGGCAACCCUUCUCCCACGAUACGUGUCCACCGCGAUAGUCUAUAUAACACACAUACAACCACCUCAUAGCGUCUUCUCACACCUCACAAUCAUGUUCAAUCGCGAUCGAGUUCCCGGUUUACCAGGCAGUUCGCCUCGCCCGCCGCAACGCAACGACGGUUACGGGCGCCCACCUCCGCAACAACAGCAACCCCCACCACAAAGAUCGCCAGGCUACCCAGAUCCCAGAAUGGGCGGCGCACCUCAGUACGGCCAGCAGAUGCCCUCGAGGGCUCCUCCGCCCGAUGUACGGGGCGGUGGGAGACCUCUACAACUUCGCCCCAUCAAGAGCCCGGGCGGCAACUCAUACGCCUUGAGCAACUUAGUGGCCGUGAAUCCGAGGGACUUCCCACCGUCUCGCGAUGGUUCAGAUAUCUACGUGCGCAUCAACGGAAGCUUCGUUCUCUCUGCCCGACCGAUGGAGCAGUGCCCACCAGGCGAAAUUGGUCUGACAGAUGUACAACGCACGUGGGCGGGAGUUGCUCUUGGGCCAAAUGAUAUGGUCACAGUGGAGAACUAUGAUGCUUUCAGCCAAGGCGACCAGGCCUACCUGGGAAAUGUCGAAAUCGAGGUCGGAUUUGCUACAAGGAAAACAACAGAGACACCAUACGACCAAGAAGAGCUUGGUGCGCUGCUAAAGAAGAACUUUGAAAACCAAAUUCUCGCUCCCGGACAACAACUUCUCAUGGAUUUUAAGAGCAUCGUUUUGAGACUAUCUGUCCGAACAGUUCAGCUGGUCCACCUUGCUAUGGAAAAGGAAACUGCGGCUGGAGCUCCUGUCACUGAUAUGAAUGCCCGCGGUAUUCUCACCCCCAACACACAAGCCGAUUUCUUCAAGGACGCACGAACCGACAUCAAGAUUAAGGCCUCCAGCAGACGCCCUGCUGCCAACUCCAUUGUCCAGCCAGGUUUCAAGUUCGAGGAUAUGGGCAUUGGUGGUCUGGAUAAGGAGUUCAGUGCCAUCUUCCGAAGAGCCUUCGCCUCUCGCAUCUUCCCGCCCGGCUUGGUGGAAAAGCUCGGUAUUCAGCACGUCAAGGGUAUCUUGUUGUAUGGUCCCCCCGGAACCGGAAAGACACUCAUCGCUCGUCAAAUCGGCAACAUGCUGAACGCUAGACCGCCCAAGGUGAUCAACGGACCCGAGGUUUUGAACAAAUACGUUGGACAAUCUGAAGAAAAUAUCCGCAAACUCUUCGCGGACGCGGAAAAGGAAUACAAGGAAAAGGGCGACGAGUCUGGCCUGCACAUCAUCAUCUUCGACGAGUUGGAUGCCGUGUGCAAGCAGAGAGGAUCUGGUUCGGGCGGCACUGGUGUUGGGGACAGUGUGGUCAAUCAGCUGCUUUCCAAGCUUGACGGCGUGGAUCAGUUGAAUAACAUCUUGCUCAUUGGUAUGACAAACAGGAAGGACAUGAUCGAUGAAGCGCUACUCCGUGCUGGACGUCUUGAGGUUCACAUGGAAAUCUCCCUCCCCGACGAGGCUGGCCGUGCCCAGAUUCUGAAGAUCCACACCACCAAAAUGCGGGCCGACAACGUUCUCGAUAGCGACGUCAAUGUCGACGAGAUCGCCAAGCUCACCAAGAACUUCUCAGGUGCCGAGAUCAACGGUCUAGUAAAGGCUGCGUCGUCGUUUGCUUUCAAUCGCCACAUCAAAGUCGGUACCAUGGCCUCGAUAGACCCCAGCGUUGAGCACAUGAAGGUCAAUCGCCUGGAUUUCCUGAGUGCGUUGGACGAGGUGCAGCCCUUGUUCGGUGCGGCUGAGGGAGAGUUGACGCAGCGUUUAUCGGGCGGUAUCCUCCACUUCUCGCCAUUCAUCAAUGACAUUCUUGAAGACGCCAGGUUAUACAUCAAACAGGUUGGGACCGGUUCCACGCCACUGCUCUCUGUUGCUCUGCACGGACCACCGGGUAGUGGUAAGACGGCGCUCGCGUCCAAAAUGGCCCUCGAUUCGGAAUUCCCAUUCAUCAAACUCGUUUCCCCAGAGGACAUGGUAGGGUUUAGCGAAAUGCAGAAGGUCCAGCAGCUCGAUAAGAUCUUCCGAGAUGCGUACAAGAGUCCUCUUAGCAUCGUUGUGAUUGACGAUAUCGAGACGUUGGUGGACUGGGUGCCCAUUGGCCCUCGUUUCAGCAACACUGUGCUUGUAGCUCUGAAGGUCUUGCUCGGCAAACGGCCGCCAAAGGACCGCCGAUUGCUGAUUUUUGUUACCACGACAAUGCGAUCGGUAUUGCAACAGCUAGAGCUCUUCAGCCGGUUUGACGCCGAGAUUGCAGUGCCCAACGUCAACUCGCAAGCAGAGCUCGCGCACAUUCUGCAACAUUCUGGCGGAUUCCCCGAGCAUGACAUGCGACGAGCGAUUGGCGAAAUACAGGAGAUUACAGGUAGCGCAGCGGUAGGUGUCGGGAUCAAGAGGAUCCUGACGGCGAUUGAAACCGCCAAAGAAGAUCAGGAUGUGCCGGGCCGCUUUGCUAGAAUCAUCUCUUCGGCCAUUGCUGCCAACAAGUAG